AUGGCCGAAAAAGAAACCCCCGAAUCGCAGCAGGAAUUUUCGGAUGUCGUCUCGGUUUGCGAUGAUUUUGAGGUGAUCGAGCCGGAUAUUGGCUCCGACCCGGUUCGUCGUUCAUUCCACGAUGAUCUCGAGUCCGAGAAAACGCCGACCGCUUCGCCCACACAAAGCGUCUUCCUCAACACGAUGUCGAUUGAAGGAUCCGAAAAAUCGUUUUGUGAUCUCGAAGAUCCAUCGCAUUCGAAAAGCGGUCACCAAGCAGCUGACCGAAGAAUCAGAGGGCAAAAUGGAGGAAAUGCUGAUGAAGCUAGAAGCCGCUCUCCGUCAAAACGCCAUCCUCCAAGAAAAACAAGAAAAUCUGAAGGUCGAGCUCCAAGCCAGCACCAUCGAGAAAAUGCAGUUGAUGGAACAAAA